AUGAAGUAGACAACAACAACUGUUAACCAAGAGGGGCAGUCGAUCUGGCCAUAACCAAUGACAGCUCUUCAAAAACUAGCCACAUAAGUUCAACCCAAAAUCCAUGGAGACUAUGAAUCAAGAAACCUAAGUUGCUGUCAUUUCUGUGGAGAAAAGUAUAAUGUGGGAGAGAAAAUCCCUCGUAUUCUUGUGCAUUGCGGUCAUACAUUCUGCACUGAGUGUUUGAGUCAUCUUCAUCACAAUUUUAGAGUAAGAUGUCCAGCAUGCUGGAAACUUAUCAAAAAUCUUGAAUCUGUUGAGAGAUUGCCUCUAAACAUCAAUAUCCUUUAUGAAGUGGUUGAAAGAGAUCCAGUUUUGACAUCACUUGACUUUGACGAUGAAACUCCAGAUGGUAUUGAAAGCAAAUUGUGCAAAGCUCACUAGGACAGAAUAAUGCAUUUCUACUGCUCUAACCAUAGUACUGUAUUCUGCAGAGAGUGCAUCAAGGAGUAUCAUACUGAGGAGGAGUGCUUUGUUGUAGACCUAUAUGAGAUUGAAAAGAUGAGAAAACUCUAAACUUAGAAUGUGCAUUACAACAGAGGAUAGCUAAAAAAGAGGAAGGAUAGAGCUGAUUAAUCCUGUAUCAUCCAUGAACCAAUCAGACCAAUCGUACAAAAGAAAUCCCAGCCUCUUGAUCAAGAGAAAAGAGGUAGAUUAAAUGAGUUCCUAAAUGGAACAACCAAGCCCUCUAGUUCCAUCCCCUAGUCCCAAAAGAUUUUAGCAAUGAGUAAACAUGCUGGUCCAGAGGUCUUUUCAGCAGUGAAUUUCCCAGGCCCACUUGAAGACCAUAUGGCUUAUGAAUAUGAGAAUGAACCAACUGAUGAAGCUAGAACUAAUGAAGAAGCUUAUGAGGAGAUGUAGCAACAUUUUGGUGGUUCAAAGUACGACAAAAAUCAUAUGGCAGGUAAACUAGCAGCUGGCAACUGCAUUUUCUUUAAUGAAGCCUUGGACGAUGAUGAUCAAAUGAAUGACGACUAAAGUAGUGAUGAGGAAGGAGAAGGUCAAGACGAAGAUGAUGAAGAAGAAGAAGAGGAGGAAGAAGAUGGAGAGUUUGAUCCAAGAGUCAUCGCUGGCCAAAGCAUCAGCGCUCCACUCGACGAUGAGGACUAUUGA